UUGUAGAAAUGUUAAACUCCAAUGACCCAAAGUAUUGUAAUUUCUUGAGGUUGUCACCGAUAUUAUUUGAAAAACUAUUGGAGAUUGUUGGACCAAAAAUUCAGAAACAGUAUGCAGUUCGAGAGCCAAUUCCACCACGUACACGACUGGAACUUACUUUAAGGUAUUUAAGCAGUGGAGACAGCAUGGCAUCCGUGUCGUAUGCGUUCUGUGUAGGAAAUAAUACCACAUCAAAAAUUAUAUCUGAAACGUGUCAAUGUAUUUGGGAUGAAUUACAAGAAAAAGUUUUUCUCAAUCCAACAGCAGAAAAUUGGCAGAUGGUAGCUAAAGACUUUGAAGAACAAUGGAACUAUCCUAACUGUAUUGGAGCACUUGACGGUAAACAUGUUAAAGUUGAGGCCCCACCGAAUAGUGGAUCCACGUAUUACAAUUAUAAAGGAGACCACAGUAUAAAUUUAAUGGCGAUUAGCGACGCUAAAUAUUCUUUCUUGCUGUUGGACAUUGGUACUGAAGGUCGACAAAGCGAUGGAGGUGUAUUUCGAAAGAGUGCAUUUACAGAAACAGAGUCACUCAGAGAAAACAGUCAAUAUGCACAAAGUCAAUAUGCUGUACAAGUGCGAGAGCAUUAUACCGAUUUUUUUAUGAACACUGGUGCAGUCGAUUGGCAGUGGGAUAAGGUGUUAAGCAAUGAUUUUUAA